GCGGCAUAUUUAAUGUUUAUUCACGUAGUUUAAAGUCCUUCAUCCACGUGUGUUAUGAAACUGUCAUUGGGUAUGUUUUGUAAUGGCGUAUAGUUCUUACAAUUUAAUUUACGUGCUUUGUAAUAUACUGAUGAGAAAGUUUUACUUGUUAUUUUAUAUAUUAAUUAUGUGUGUAGAUGUAAUUUGAUAGGCUGAAUCGAUUGGGGUGGAAUUCUGUCGUUCAUAUGGUAUUAACUUUGUUUGGAAUGCACGUCAGAAUUUAAGCUGUUGCUGUGGGUAUUUCAAGAAAGGUCUUGUUACGGAAAGAUCUGGCAACACCAGAGAGAGCGGCACGUGCAAGACAGAUGGCCCUGAUUAAUGUAUGCGACUAGAGAUCGUCCGGUCCAAGUACAACCCUGAAUAAAGUAUUCAGAGUAAGUGUUUGUAUUCCUGUCUUACUGGGGGUCUUAAGUGCGUCACGAACGGCGUGUAAACACAAAGCGAGCCAUAUAAAACAAGGUGGCAGCAGAUAAUUAAGCCAGUAAAGGAAACGUGACUUAACGAACACGCGCCAGCUUAACUAAACAAGUAAUUAGAAACUUCGUUCAAAGGUUGAUGCUGCGGCAGACAGACAUUCUCCUUUGUAUAUUAAUAUAACGAUUACUUUAAAGUAACAGAAAAAUAAACAUAUAAUUUAUUUAAAAAGCGAGAUGAAUACUUUAACUCAUCCGGAACCAUUUUCCAUGGACACGUCGAAUCCAGAAAAUCGGAGUUUAUGGAAGCAACGAUUUGAUAUUUAUGCAACGGCUAUAGACUUACCUGCAAAAAGUAUUCCACAACAGAGAGCCAUCCUUCUCCAUAUUAUCGGAGAGAAAGGCUUAGAAAUAUACAUUAAUUUCCAUUUAGAGGAAAAUGCCACGAACCCGACAGUGGAUGAAAUCUUAACUAAAUUCACGGACCAUUUCCAGCCGUAUAAGAACAUUAUCUAUAGUAGAUAUGUAAUUUUCUCGCUUGUACAGAAUCCAGGACAAACUGUAGACGAAUUUGUAACAGAGCUACGUACAAAAGCUCAAGAAUGUGAUUUUGACACCUUAACAGAAUCUCUUAUAAGAGACAGAAUUGUCUUAGGCACGCGAGAUGAUAGUAUCAGACAAAAAAUGCUGCAAGAUCCGACAUUAACAUUGGCCAAAGCAAUAGACAUGGCAAGAAGCAACAGCGGAUAUUUUCUAUUUGGCCAGCAGUCCAUAUUUGCUAAUUGUGGAUAGAUACAGUGCCUAUCCAGAAAUUUAUAAAAUGCCAUCGACUGAUGCUUCCAAAGUUAUU